AUGAGGUUUUGGCUGAGAAAUGAAGAAAUGGCCCUAGAAGAAAUGGUGCAGAGAUUAAAUGCGGUUUCCAAGCACACUGAUGAAAUCAUGCACCAGGACAUCGUUCCGCUCAGUGCUGCUGACAUUAAAGACCAGUUGAAGAAGCGGUUUGCAUACUUGUCUGGUGGACGGGGACAAGAUGGAUGCCCAGUCAUCACCUUUCCAGACUACCCGGCUUUCAGCGACAUCCCAGACAAAGAGUUCCAGAAUGUCAUGACUUAUCUCACUAGCAUCCCAAGUUUACAAGAUGCUGGGAUUGGAUUUAUCCUUGUCAUAGACCGAAGGCAAGACAAAUGGACUUCAGUGAAGGCGUCGGUCCUGCGAAUAGCAGCAUCUUUCCCAGCAAACCUCCAGCUUGUCCUUGUUCUGCGCCCAACAGGAUUUUUCCAACGAACUCUAUCCGACAUCGCUUUCAAAUUCAAUAGGGAUGACUUUAAAAUGAAGGUACCAAUCAUAAUGCUGAGUUCAGUACCAGAAUUACAUGGUUACAUUGAUAAAUCACAGCUAACCGAGGAUCUUGGCGGAACCCUGGAUUAUUGCCACACCAGGUGGCUGUGUCACCGCACGGCUAUCGAAAAUUUCGCCCUCAUGGUUAAACAGACAGCUCAGAUGCUUCAGUCCUUUGGGACCGAAUUGGCCGAGACAGAAUUGCCCAAUGACGUGCAGUCCACAAGCUCUGUGCUCUCUGUACACACAGAGAAGAAGGACAAGAUGAAGGAAGACAUGAAGUCAGCACUGCAAGAGGGACACACCAUCCUCGAGAGCAUCAGGGAGCCGCUGGCCAAGGACCCAGAGUACAGCCUGAAUCAGGACCAGCUUGACAAUCAGACCACGGUGCAGAGGCUCCUGGCCCAGCUGAAUGAAACUGAGGCUGCCUUUGAUGAGUUUUGGGCAAAACAUCAACAAAAACUCGAGCAGUGUCUACAGCUCCGGCAUUUUGAGCAGAAUUUUCGAGAGGUCAAAGCUGCCUUAGAUGCUGUGUCUCAGAAGAUUCUGGCCUUCACUGAUGUCGGCAACAGCCUCGCACACGUGGAGCACCUCUUAAAGGACCUGGCGCACUUUGAAGAGAAGUCCAGUGUAUCUGUGGAAAAGGCCCGAGCCCUGUCCCUGGAGGGCAGUCAGCUUAUAGAGAACAAGCACUAUGCCGUGGACUCCAUCCACCCCAAGUGCACCGAGCUCCAGCAUCUCUGCGACCAGUUUGCCGCAGAAAUUGAGAAGAGGAGAAACCUGCUCAACAAGUCGCUGGAGCUGCACGGCCUGUUAGAGACGUCCAUGAAGUGGUGUGAUGAGGGAAUUUACCUGCUGGCUUCACAGCCUGUGGACAAAUGCCAGUCCCAGGAUGGUGCCGAGGCAGCCCUUCAGGAAAUUGAGAAGUUUUUGGAGACUGGUGCAGAAAAUAAAAUCCAGGAACUAAGUAAAAUCUAUAAGGAAUAUGAAUCUAUCCUCAACCAAGACCUAAUGGACCAUGUGCAGAAGGUCUUCCAGAAACAAGAGAGCAUGGAAGAGAUGUUUCACAGAAGGCAGGUCAGCCUGAAGAAACUGGCAGCCAAGCAGACGCGGCCUGUGCAGCCCGUGGCCCCGAGACCAGAGGCGUUUACAAAAUCCCCCUGCCCCUCUCCAGGCAUCCGGAGAGGCUCUGAGAACACUUCCGGUUCUGAAGGCAAUGUGCUCCGAAGAGGAAACUACAGGAGGGCCAAGAGUGAAAUGAGUGAGAACCAGCCGGUCCGAAGUAGCUCCACAGGGGAUGAAGAAGAAAGCCUGGCCAUCUUACGAAGGCAUGUGAUGAAUGAACUCCUGGAGACGGAGCGGGUGUACGUGGAGGAGCUCCUGUGCGUCCUUGAGGGCUACGCCGCUGAGAUGGAUAAUCCCUUAAUGACGCAUCUCAUUUCAACAAGCCUCCAAAAAAAGAAAGAUAUCUUGUUUGGAAACAUGGAGGAAAUCUACCACUUUCAUAACAGAAUAUUCCUGAGAGAACUGGAAAAUUAUAUUGACUGCCCAGAACUGGUUGGAAGGUGUUUUCUAGAAAGGAUGGAAGACUUUCAGAUCUAUGAGAAGUACUGUCAGAACAAGCCCCGCUCCGAGAGUCUCUGGAGACAGUGCUCAGACUGCCCAUUUUUUCAGGAAUGCCAGAAGAAAUUGGACCACAAGCUGAGCCUGGAUUCUUACUUGCUGAAGCCUGUUCAGAGAAUAACUAAGUAUCAGUUAUUACUCAAGGAAAUGCUGAAAUACAGCAAGAACUGUGAAGGGGCUGAGGACCUGCAGGAGGCCCUGAGUUCCAUCCUGGGGAUCCUCAAGGCCGUCAAUGAUUCCAUGCACCUGAUCGCCAUUACAGGCUAUGACGGGAACCUGAGCGACCUGGGCAAGCUGCUGAUGCAGGGGUCAUUCAGCGUCUGGACCGAUCAUAAGAAGGGCCAUGCCAAGGUGAAGGACUUGGCCAGGUUCAAGCCGAUGCAGCGCCACCUGUUCCUCCACGAGAAGGCUGUGCUGUUCUGCAAGAAGAGGGAGGAGAACGGGGAGGGCUACGAGAAGGCCCCUUCCUACAGCUACAAGCAGUCCUUGAACAUGACUGCAGUUGGCAUAACAGAGAAUGUGAAAGGGGACAGUAAGAAGUUUGAAAUCUGGUAUAACGCCAGAGAAGAAGUUUAUAUCAUACAGGCACCAACUCCUGAGAUUAAAGCAGCAUGGGUAAACGAAAUCCGGAAAGUAUUGACCAGCCAGCUGCAGGCUUGCAGAGAAGCCAGUCAACAUAGAGCAUUGGAGCAGUCCCAGAGUUUGCCUCUGCCCGUACCAUCAAACACAAGCCCCACCAGAGGAAACACAAAAACCAGUAAAAAGUUGGAGGAAAGAAAAACUGACUCUCUGAGCCUUGAAGGAUAUGGAGGCUCAACGGCACUGCCAAAGCCCCCAGAAAAGGGCAAAGGUUGGAGCAAAACUUCUCAUUCUCUGGAGGCCUCUGAAGACAAUGACGGCUGGUCAAGUGCGGAGGAGCCGAUAAAUUCAUCCGACGGAGAGGAAGAAGGCGGAGCAGGUCCCAAGAAACUGGUUCCCGGUAAAUACACAGUCGUAGCCGAUCAGGAAAUUGGAGGCCCUGAGGCGCUCUCGGUGAAGAGCGGGGACGUGGUGGAGGUGAUCCACGAGGGUGACGAGGGACUUUGGUAA